AUUCCUGCCCAGAGAACACUUGGAGCAACGUUGUUCAUUCCCGAGGCUGCAGCGCCCCUAGUGGACACCCCCGGUACUGCCGGGUUCCGCAGAUCCCGAACGUGAAAGGAUCCUGAACCCGGAAGUACCGAGAGUUAACAUGGCUUCGAAAGGACAGGUCGAGAGUUGGACCGAGGAGGCAAUUUGUGCCAUUUGCCUGGAUUUCUUCACCGAUCCGGUGUCACUGGAGUGUGGACACAACUUCUGCCGCUCCUGUAUCACACGGUGUUGGGAAAGUGAGGAGAGAAACUCCUGCCCGGAAUGUAGAGAAGUGUUUGCGGACCGCACCCUUAGACCCAGUCGGGCCUUAGCAAAUCUGUCUGAGAAAGCUCGAAAACUAAACAUGAAUCUAAAAGGGAAGGAAAGUAAACUUCACUGCAAGGAACAUGAGGAAGAACUGAAGCUGUUUUGUGAGACGGACAAGAAAUUGCUCUGUCUGAUCUGUCGAGAUGCGCUGGAACACAAGUCUCACAGCUUCAUGCCGGUUAACGAAGCCGUUAAAAUUUAUAAGGAUCGGGUUAAAUCUUCCCUGGAGACUCUCACAAAAAAGAAAUCAGACUUACAGGAAAUGGAGCAGCAACAGAAAGAGAAGAUUUCUGCAGUUCGGGAACAGUCACAAAGUGUUCAGUCCCACAUCACAUCCCAGUUUGAUGAACUGCGCCGGAUUAUCACCGAGAAAGAGCAGCGUGCACUCCGAGACCUCAGGGAAGAAGAGGAGAUGAUACUAAAUCCAAUGGAGAAAAAUCUUCAAGAGAUCCAAGAGAAUUUAAAUUCUAUUCAGGAGGAAAUCUCUGAGUUACAGACACGGAUGGAUCAGAAAGACAAUGUGAUAUUCCUCAUGGAGGAAGCUCGUCGGAAGAGGAGUGUUAGUGAUUAUACUGAGACAUUGUGUGCGACAGAUGGUGCCCUACUGGCUGAAAAAUUCGACCAUCCCUAUUUGCUCGACAUAGCAUCGGAAGAAGUGCUUGACAGCAUUAAGCGAGUCUCUGUCACCCUGGAUGUGGAAACGGCGCAUCCGCGGCUCAAGGUGUCUGAGGAUCGGAAGAGUGUGAGACGGACCGGGACCCAGAGGAAUCUCCCUGACACCGGGAAGAGGUUCACAGACCGGCCUUGUGUGCUGGGAUCGGAGGGAUUCACAUCUGGGAGACAUUACUGGGAGGUGGAGCUAACUGGGAAUCGGCGCUGGUGUCUGGGAGUCGCUGCAGAGUCUGUGGAGAGGAAGAGAGGGGUCAGACCGAGUCCGGAGACCGGUUUCUGGAUCAUCGGGCGGCGUGAUAACGAGAUGCGGGUUUUCACGUCCCCUGGGUCCCAUCUCCGUGCCCCAGAGUUGAUGGAGAGUCCGUUUAUCUCUCAUGAGCCGCAUUAUGGCAUGCCGUGGGUUUUCGGGUCCCCUGAAUCCUAUCUCCCUGCCCCAACAAUUAUUCGUCUGGGCAUGCCACCUGAACUGUGUGAUGGCGGGAUGUGGGGUUUCACCUCCCCUGAGUCCCGUCUCCCGGCCGGUCCCAUCCCCGGGAGGGUCGGAGUUUAUCUCAGUUACGAGUCCGGGACAGUUUCAUUUUACAACGCGGAGACCAAGUCCCAUCUCCACACCUUCACCGGGAAUAAAUUCACGGAGAAACUUUAUCCUUUCUUCUGGAGUUGGAAUGUAAACGAGUGGCUGAGAAUCUGCUCCGGUUCCGCUCCGGAUCUGUAAACGGGUCGGAUCCCGGGACCGGCGUCAGGAGUAAGUCAGUGUAGUUAAAUGUUAUGUUACUGCGUAUGUUAAUCAAAAUGACUUAUUUGUUUUGUUAAAAGUAGGAAUGCUUCUUUGUUGCGAGAGAGUGCUGGAAGCUUGUUUGGGUUAAAAUUUACUGAUAAUGAGAAUUGUAUUCCUUUGUAAACCAAUUGGGAUUAAUGUUGUUCUUUCUUCUGAGUCUGUAAACUAUUGUUGACGGGCUUUUGGGCAGAUCGGCGCGAGGGGGUGAGAGAGAGGACGCAAUGCUGUAAACUAGGCGAGGAACGGACCCCAAGCGGGGGUCCAAGGCCAGGAGGUACCCCGAGGAGAGGAGACGAAGAGAGAUGUGCUUGGCUGACCACUUCGGAGGGUCCUGAGCUGUUUGGAGAGUCGAGGAGUUCGGAGGGUCCUGAGCUGCGAGUCGAGGAGUUCGGAGGGGAUCGAAUGGUGGCCAGAAGACUUCAGUAAUUGAGCUCCAACGGUUGUGCACGAAGUGGUUUGGACUUUGAUAAGUUUGGCGCCUUUUCUUUACUUUCUUUUCCUUCAUAUAUACUGGUUGGUUAUUAAUCAGUUAUAGUAAUCUUUAUAAACUGUAAUCAUUUAAUCGCA